AUGGCCUCAGCUAUCGAGCGGAGCUAUUCGGAAUAUGCGAAGAUACGUGAUGACGUGGACCUCGCAGCUACGCUGUUUAGGGAUUUUGGAAAAGGCCAUAUAAAGAAGUGUGGUCUAUCUCCGGAUGCCUUCGUUCAGAUGGCUAUUCAGCUAGCGAACUAUAGGGAUCAAAACCGCUUCGUGCUCACCUAUGAAGCGGCAUCAGUUCGUUUCUAUAAAAACUCUCGCACCGAAACCCUUCGUUCGGUCACCGAUGAAUCAUGUGAAUUCGUUUACGCCAUGAUCAAUGCCAAUGCCACGGUAGGCCGUGGAGUUGAUCGGCAUCUGUUCGUCCUGUAUGUCCUCUCCAAGGGAACGAACACUUCCAGUCCGUUCCUGGAUCAUUAUAUCUCGCAACCAUGGCUUUUAUCCACAUCACAUGUACCCAAUGUGACCAACCAAAUAGAUGAGGACACGGAGCCCUGGAGGACGUGGAGUGGCGCUUGUUUUGGAGCAGUUGCGAAGAAUGGCUACGGUGUGUGCUAUCGAUUUGGAGGUAAUCACAUGAUCUGUGCUCAUAUAAGCAGCUAUAAAUCAGCUGAGAAUACGGAUUCGGCCCGAUUCCGAAGUCACCUGACGACAGCGUUCAAGGAGAUUGCUGCCCUGUUCGAAGAAACCAAAUGA